AUGGAUUUUGUCAACAAGCUUACCGGCGGUUCCAAGAACGAGCAAGAAAACAAGACACAAGAGAAUAGCCAGCAGCAGUCGAGCGGCGGUGUUAUGGAUAAACUUAAUACACUCGCUGGAGGCGGAAAAGAAAGUGAGAAAAAUGAGGAUGCUCUUGACAAGGGAGUUGAUUGGGUCCAAGAACAUGUAUUGGGUCAAGGGGAUCAAAGCAAUGAAAGCGCUGCCGAGCAAGCCAAGGAUGAACAGAUCUCUGACUUCAUACGCGACCAGUAUAAGAAGACCACCGGUUCCGAUUUCCCUGUAAAGGACAAGGAUCGUUUUUGA